AAAAAUUAUUGAAAUAUGAUAUCAAUGACAAUGAAGAUAUCCAUUUGCAGUCUAAUUGUUUCGCUAAUGGUCUACACAUUAGCGGCUAAUAGCGAUAUCAAUGACGGCCGCAACAAAAUGUCACUACCAGUAGUACCCGAUACUAUUGAUGAAGAUGCCCUAAAUGAGUACAAUCGGGCCCUAUAUUUGGACAAAUUAGACAAAUUGGGCGCUAUUAUCAACAAUCCCAAGCACCGGGUGGUAGUCCAGGCCAACAAUAUGGGCGGUUCGCCGGUUGCUGGCUAUGAGGGCCAUCAAAAACGACAGAUCCGUUACCAUCAAUGCUAUUUCAAUCCCAUCUCAUGUUUUAGACGAAGAAAAUAAAACAUUAAUAAUAAUAAUAAUAUUUAUUUUUAUUUUUAAUUUUAAACACACAAAAAAUAUUAUUAUUAUUAUUAUUAUUAUGAAUAUAUAAACAAAAUGACUGAACAA